AUGUCACCAUCAAAAUUUGCGAAACAUGUAAAUCAAAAUGGUUUAUUAGAUGAUAUUUUCAACAAAAAUAAUGAUAAAUUUUACGAUUAUAUUAAACGAUCAUAUCGUGACGAUCUUGCUGGUUUAUUCAGUUUUCAAGCCAUUCAAAGCGGAUUACAUCUUGUUGAAACAUCAUGCGAUGAUAUUUUAUUAAUUUACCAAGAAGAAUUCGAAGACAUUGAUUAA